AUGUCCAACAGUAAUAACCAAGCAAAGAAAGACCUAGGUCACCAUUCGACAGCGACAGGACCGAUGCCCAUAACAUGCUCGGACUGCGGUACGAAAUACAACCGUCAUUCUGAUUUCAAGCGGCAUAUCACACCCAAAAUAGAGUGUCCAGUUGAAUUCUGCCAUAAUUCGUAUCGAUCCGACAAGAAGAAUCAAUUCAUGAAUCAUAUGCGAACCAUGCAUUCUGAGAUUGAUGCUCCGAGUUGCGAGAGAUACUUUCAAACAGACAAGGAUCGAUCCAUACCUCUGCCAGGACUAUGUCUAUCGGGAGAUCUAGAAAGGAUUCACGCUGUUCAAUCGCCCCAAUCCCUAUCCGUCCAUGGCCAUGUCUCGGCCAUGCCUACAUACGAUGACGGCUUCUCGAAUGAGCAACCUUCAAACACCCUCGACCACGGACCUGAGAGAAUACCUCUGUUGCUUGAGCCAGGUAACUCGUCUACAAAUUUUCCGACCACGAAUCGGUUUGGACAAUCUUCAGAUACUGCCUUGCUUGAUGAGUACAGCGUGCAGGAGAGUCUAUAUGACCCAGUGUUUGGAUCAAUUGAUAAUUUGAAUGAUAUCUUCUCAGAUGAUGCCUGA